CUUCCUCGGAGGUUACUCCCACUUUACUCCCGGGUUACUCAGACUUUACGCCAAACUUGGGCCCGCUUUACUCCGGGGUUACUCCAGAGAUAUUCAGACUUUACUCCAAGCUUGAGCCUUCAUCACUCCAAGGUUACUCCGGGGUUACUCAGACUUUACUCCAGUGCUGGGCCGACUUCACUCCGGAGUCACUCAGACUUUACUCCAAGGUUGGGCCCACUUCACUCCAAGGUUACUCCAGGGUUACUCAGACUUUACUCCAAGGCAGCUCUGUGGCCACACCUGCCCUACUCCAGCCUUACUCCAGGACUACUCAGUCUCUGCUCUGCUCCUGCUCUCGGUUACUCCGAAGUUACUCCAAGGCUGAUACUCAGAGCUUUCUCAGCACUUCUGUCGAGGUUGCUCAGGACUCGAUUCCCACCCAGAUCUUACUCCGGAGUUACUCACGGUCAGGGCGGGGUCUUUACUCAGCUCUUACUCCGCAGUUCCUCAAUCCCUGCUCGGAACUGACCCCAGGCUCCGGGAGACCUUUACUCCGAGUUUACUCCGAGUUUACUCAGCCUCUGAGGUACUCGGGACCUCCAGGCAGAACUUACUCCGGACUUACUCCCACGGCUCCUCGCUCCCCUCCCCCCUUCCUGCGUUUCCUUUGUCGCUACUCACACUUUACUCCAGGUGUCCGAUCCUCUCUGCUCUGCGCUUCCUCCGCCCUUACUCAGCCCCGCCCUUGCUCUGAGGUUGCUCAGCCUUUACUCGGAGAUUCCUCUGCCUUUACUCAAAGGUUACUCAGCCUUUACUUGGAGGUUAUUCCGCUCUUACUCAGACGUUGCUCAGCCUUUACUCCGAGGUUACUCAGCCUUUACUCCGACACCACUCGGCCGCCACUUCUCACUUGUCCCCAUGCUGGGGCUGAGCAGUCGCUACUCCAGAGUUACUCACACUUUACUCCGAGGUGACUUCCUACUCCAAAGUUACACUUCGAGGACGCAUUUUACUCCAGAGUUACUCUCACUCUACUCCAAGGGGACGUUUUACACCAGGGUGAAGUUUUACUCCAGGGUUACUCACGCUUUACUCCAAGGAGACAUUUUCCUCCGGGAUUACUCACGGUUUGCUCCGAGGUGUUUUACUCCGGGUUACUCAGACUUUACUCCGGGUUUACUCACGGCCCGCCCACCAGGGACACUUCUCCACGCACCGGCUACUCCUGGGUUACUCCCCCUUUACUCCGAGGUUCCCCUCCAGCCUCACUCAGGGCCGCCCCUCCCCCC